AUGACGAUCACCGCCCAGCCCGGACCCCCAAGCCCGCUCCAGUGCCCUGCGCUGGGAUCGUCGUCGGGCGGGCCGUCUGAGACGACGCCGCUGCUGGCGCCCGCCGCCGGCGCAGACCACUCGCCGUUCUCAAAACGGUCUCUUGCUCAGUGGACAAACAAUAUCCGCGACCUGAGGUUGCCGCCUCGGCAUCAAGCCGCGGCUGAUCUCGUCCGGGUCGUCGGGGUCGUACUUUGUCUACAACGCCAACUACGAGCCGAUCGGCGUGUUCAAGCCCCAGGACGAGGAGCCGUACGGGCCCCUGUCGCCGAAAAUGACCAAAUGGAUCCACAGAAACUUCUUUCCGUGCUUCUUUGGCCGCUCGUGCCUGAUCCCCAACACGGGCUACAUAGCCGAGAGCGCCACCAGUCUGCUCGACCGCCAGCUCCAGACCCACAUCGUCCCUUACACAGACAUCGUGACGCUCUCGUCGGACAGCUUCUACUAUCCUUUCUACGAAAAAAUCGGCUACGUGCUGCGCAAGAAGAAGCCCAGACACAAGGUGGGCUCGUUCCAGCUGUAUCUGGACGGCUACGUGGGGGCAGACGAAUUUUUCAGACGACACCCGUUGCCGCACCAGGGCCCGGCACAGACCGCCACGCAGACCAGCGGGGCGUUCGAGUGGACCGCAGACACGCUCUCGCAACUACAGCGGGAGAUCGAGAAACUGGUCAUUCUCGACUUCAUCGUCAGAAACACCGACCGCGGCCUCGACAACUGGAUGCUCAAGGUGGAGCACGAGAACGGCCGGGCGCGCGUCCGGCUCGGGGCCAUCGACAACGGGCUGUCGCUGCCGUGGAAACACCCGAACGAGUGGCGGUCGUUCCCGUUUGGGUGGCUGUUUCUCCCGAUCUCCAUCAUUGGCCAGCCGUUCUCCGUGCAGACCAGAAACCAUUUUCUGCCUCUGCUCACCUCGAAAGCGUGGUGGGAGGAUACGAGCGUUCUGCUGCGCGAGAUGCUGAGCCGCGACCCGGGCUUCAAGGAGCGCAUGUUCCGCAAACAGCUCGCCGUGCUCAAGGGACAGGCCUGGAACGUGGUGCAGACGCUGCUGGUGCCGGGCCAGAGCCCGCUGGACCUGGCGCGCAAGCCGCGCAUGCUGGUGGAGGACUCCGAGAUCGAGGUGCCGUUCACCAACCCGAUCCCGAUGAUCGUGAACGCGAUGGAGUCCUCGAUCACCGACAGCGCCGUUCCCGUCGGCAAGGACCUGCAGAACAACUGGAACUCGUAUCUGUCCGGCAAGAUCGACGAGUCCAAGUGGGAGGAGGGCAAUACGACCAUUCUGGACCAGGGCAUCCAGCUGGUUAG